CCCGCUGCGACGCCUUCUCCCGUAUAAAACCCGACCGCGCUGCCGCCGAGAAGAAGAAAUAAUAGAGGGGAGAAGAAGACAGAUCCAUCUCUCUCAUUCCCUUCAGUCUUCUUCUCCCUCUCCUUCCCCUGCCGAAGGAUCUUUCAUUAGUGCUGAGAUAGAGCAUGGCAGAGGGUGAGGAUAUCCAACCUCUUGUGUGUGACAAUGGAACUGGCAUGGUUAAGGCUGGGUUUGCCGGUGAUGACGCUCCCAGGGCUGUCUUCCCCAGCAUCGUCGGUCGCCCACGCCACACCGGCGUCAUGGUGGGCAUGGGCCAGAAGGACGCUUACGUCGGCGACGAGGCUCAGUCGAAGCGGGGGAUUCUGACCCUCAAGUACCCCAUCGAGCAUGGCAUCGUCAACAACUGGGACGACAUGGAGAAGAUUUGGCAUCACACCUUCUUCAACGAGCUCCGCGUCGUCCCGGAGGAGCACCCCGUCCUCCUCACGGAGGCGCCCCUCAACCCCAAGGCCAACCGCGAGAAGAUGACCCAGAUCAUGUUCGAGACCUUCAACGCCCCCGCCAUGUACGUGGCCAUCCAAGCUGUUCUCUCCCUCUACGCCAGCGGGAGAACCACUGGCAUCGUGCUCGACUCCGGGGAUGGUGUUAGCCAUACGGUCCCGAUCUACGAAGGCUACGCCCUGCCGCAUGCGAUUCUGCGGCUGGACUUGGCGGGGCGCGACCUCACCGACAACCUCAUGAAGAUCCUGACGGAGCGCGGCUACUCCUUCACCACCACGGCCGAGCGCGAGAUCGUGAGGGACAUGAAGGAGAAGCUGGCGUACAUCGCGCUCGAUUACCAGCAAGAGAUGGAGGCCGCCAAGACCGCCUCGGCCGUGGAGAAGACGUACGAGCUUCCCGACGGGCAGGUGAUCACCAUCGGCGCCGAGCGGUUCCGCUGCCCGGAGGUCCUCUUCCAGCCAUCGAUGAUCGGGAUGGAGGCCGCCGGCAUCCACGAGACCACGUACAACUCCAUCAUGAAGUGCGACGUGGACAUCAGGAAGGACCUGUACGGCAACAUCGUCCUCAGCGGAGGAUCCACCAUGUUCCCCGGCAUCGCGGACAGGAUGAGCAAGGAGAUCACGGCGCUGGCGCCCAGCAGCAUGAAGAUAAAGGUGGUGGCGCCCCCGGAGAGGAAGUACAGCGUCUGGAUCGGCGGCUCCAUCUUGGCCUCUCUCAGCACCUUCCAACAGAUGUGGAUUGCCAAGGCAGAGUACGACGAGUCUGGUCCAUCGAUCGUGCACAGGAAAUGCUUCUGAUCGCUUCGAGACCAGGAGACAUGGCCACAUUGGUCGACAGAGAUCCACACUGUCAUGCUUUGCUUUGCUUUCCUUUCCUUUCUUGAUCAUAUUGUCUUUAGCAGAGGGAUGAAGGUGUUCUCUGAGGGACAGCCCAUCGAUGGCUGCGGCAUUAAAUCGGAUCAAACAUGUUCUUCUGGUUCUCGACA